AUGGCCGAAGAGGGCGGACACGGACCUGCGGUGGUCACCACCGGCCUCAGCGGAGGACAAGGCGGGGACGGACACGCCGGUCAUGGCCAGGAUGGACAUCAGCCCAAGCAGAACACCCUCACCCGAGAGGACACGAUCCCCAUGUCUCCCAAGGUCUACACGCCCAAUCCCUUCAGCCGACAACAGACCAGCCUCGACAUAGACGACUACUUUACCGGACCUCGUGAUAUCCGAAAGCACUCGAAAUGGCCCCUCUUCCUGCAGAUGCACGGCAGCAUCCUGCCCAAGAUGAUUCUCCCGCUGCUGUUUAUUGGUUGUUGGGCGACGGCAAUAACCUACGUCAACCAGAAGGUGUGGCCUUUGGGCGUCAACUCGAUUCUCCUCACGGUGACUGGUUUCGUCGUCGGUAUGGGUCUGAGUUUCCGAAGCUCGACAGCAUAUGAGCGCUACGGCGAAGGCCGCCGAUACUGGGGACAGCUCAUCCUCGCCUCCCAGACCCUCGGCCGCGUCUUCUGGAUCCAUGCCACGGAACGACCCCAGCACAGGGAGAAGGACAUCCUCGCCAAGCUCACGGCCAUGAACCUCCUGACCGCCUUCGCCGUCGCCCUCAAGCACAAGCUCCGCUACGAGCCGUACACGGCCUACGAGGACCUCUCCCAGCUCGUCGGCCACAUCGACACCCUCGCCAAGCAAGCCACCGAGGAGCAGCCCGAGAAGGUGGCGCAGCGGCGCCCGGGUCCCGUCAAGGCCGUGGGCGAGUACCUCGGCGUGUCCUUCAUGGCGAGCAACCCUCGCAAGGCCAUCAAGAAGUCGACGCGGCCGCUGGGCAACGUGCCCCUCGAGAUCCUCAACUACCUCGCCGCUUUCGUCGACGAGCUCGUCGCCAACGGCCAGCUGCCCGUGCCCAUGCAGCAGACCCUGGCCUACAACAACGUGGCCUCGCUCAACGACAUCCUCGUCGGCACGGAGCGCGUGCUGUCCACGCCCUUGCCCAUCGCCUACGCCAUCGCCAUCUCCCAGAUCACCUGGGUCUACGUCAUCCUCAUGCCCUUCCAGCUGCUCGGCUCGAAGCUCGAGUGGAUCACCAUCCCCGCCACGCUGGGCGCCUCGUACAUCAUCCUGGGCCUGCUCUUCAUCGGCCGCGAGAUCGAGAACCCCUUCGGCCAGGACGUCAACGACCUGCCGCUCGAGGACUACUGCGCCCAGGUCGCCGCCGAGCUCGACAUCAUCACGAGCCGGCCCCGGCCCCAGGCGCGCGACUGGAUCGAGACGCUCGACAACAAGGUGCUCUACCCGAUGAGCACCUCGGGCUACCCCGUCUGGCUGCACCGCGGCGAGGACAAGGUGCGCGAGGCGCUGCGGCAAAAGACCGAGAUGGGCUUCGAGGCGCGCAAGGAGGCCAUGGGCCAGGACGAGAGCUCGACCGUCGAGAACAGCGACGGGCUGGACAGGUCGCGCAGCAAGGAGACGAGCGGUACCAAGACGGCCGCGGACCAGGUCUGA